AUGAAGAGAAAUAGCCUGUCCUCCUUCUCCAUCUCUCUCUGGUUGCUGUUUACAGCAGUGAUGCUUCAAGAUGUAAAAUCAGCGAAAGGAAAAUACGCUCACAUGCUGUUUAAUGAACUGUUUGAAGACUACUCAAAUGCUCUAAUACCAGUGGAAGACACAGAUAAAGUACUGAAUGUCACCCUUCAGAUAACAUUGUCCCAAAUUAAAGAUAUGGAUGAAAGGAACCAAAUUUUGUCAGCUUACUUAUGGAUUCGACAAAGCUGGUAUGAUGCUUACCUCAAGUGGGACAAGGAUAAAUACGAUGGGUUGGAUUCUAUCAGGAUUCCAAGCAAUUUGGUUUGGAGACCAGAUAUUGUCCUGUAUAACAAGGCUGAUGAUGACUUUUCAGAACCAGUGAAUACUAAUGUUGUGUUGAGAUAUGAUGGAAAAAUCACUUGGGAUGCACCCGCUAUCACAAAGAGCUCGUGUGUAGUGGAUGUAUCUUAUUUUCCUUUUGACAGCCAGCAGUGCAACCUUACAUUUGGGUCCUGGACCUAUAAUGGCAAUCAGGUAGACAUCAUUAAUUCUCUUGAUAGUGGUGACCUCUCUGACUUCGUAGAAGAUGUGGAAUGGGAGAUUCACGGUAUGCCAGCAGUUAAGAAUGUCGUAACUUAUGGCUGCUGCUCUGAGCCUUAUCCAGAUGUGACCUUCACACUGAUUUUGAAAAGGAAGUCUUCAUUCUACAUAUUUAAUCUGUUGCUGCCUUGUGUUUUGAUCUCUUUCCUGGCCCCACUGGGAUUCUAUCUCCCUGCAGACUCAGGGGAAAAAGUGUCUCUGGGUGUUACAGUUCUUCUUGCUCUGACUGUGUUUCAGCUGAUGGUUGCAGAGAUCAUGCCUCCAUCUGAAAGUGUACCUUUGAUAGGAAAGUAUUACAUAGCAACUAUGACGAUGAUCACAGCUUCCACUGCACUGACGAUCAUUAUAAUGAAUCUCCAUCACUGUGGCUCAGAAGCAAAGCCUGUUCCACAAUGGGCCAGGGUGGUUAUUUUGGACUACAUGUCAAAAAUCUUUUUUGUUUAUGAUGUGGGUGAAAAUUGCACAAGUCCGAAAAGAGAGAAGGAGGAAGAAUGUAAAUUAGAGGGGGAUGAUAGAUGUCAGAGGAGGCACAGAGAGGUAAGGAGUCACCUUUCCUGUAGGAAUGAUGACUGUGAUCUCAAGGAGAAGCUCAAUGGAAGUUUGAAUAAAAGCUAUGGCGUUAAUGAUGAAAAUAUUAGGGAGACUGUUAAUUGCUGUUCCUGUUACAAAAUGCUAAUUAAAAAUAUUGAGUAUAUUGCUAAUUGUGUUCGAGAACAUAAAGCAAACAAGGCCAAAGGAAUUGAGUGGAAAAAAGUUGCAAAAGUGAUGGACAGAUUUUUCAUGUGGAUUUUCUUUAUCAUGGUGUUUUUUAUGAGCGUGCUGAUCAUUGGGAAAGCAGCUUAA